GCCGCGGCUUCGCGCCCUGAUGUAAUGCUCAGACAGGCUGGACUCUGGACUCGCUUCUGGCUCCUCAUUGGUUGUCUGUCCCCUGAAUAUCAGGAUGGUCAUCAUCAAUCUACGGUUUCCUCGUCCUCUCGCGCACCUCUAGAUAUACACCUCUUGUGGAUGAGGAUUGGAUUGAGCGUCUGUGAUAUCGAUGGAUGUUCGGAUGAUCUGACAAUAUUCGCUUACUUCUCAGUCUGUCGCUAUCGCAAACUAAUGUUAAUUUGGGGUAUCUGUGUAAGUGAUGAGACGGUGAUCGAUGAUCCAUUAGACGUCUGUGAUGGAUCUGGUAUAUUAUCCUACUUCGAUGUAUGUAGUAUCGCAGAGAAACGGACUUGGCUAAUUCAUUCUCUCACCUGGGGCUGUUAUGUGAUCGAUAGCGCGAUCAUGUCUAUGUAAUCGUUUUGCCCAUCCGACAACGAUCACGUCUUAAAUGACAUGCACGAGCGCCCACUCUGUCGCAUCAGGCGUCCCGUCUCGCUUUUGCUUCCCAUACUUGCUCACUCUGCCUAUUCGCCAACGUUUGUUGGCUAUAUCGAC